UUCACUUUAGCGUGCGCUUCCACUUCCACGACCACGUGACGUCGGACUCCGCGUCCCGUUCCGCUUUUCCAUUCCACCUGCAUUUCACACUUUCCCCUGUUCUUGCCUCUCCUUUUCCUUGUCUACUGCAAGUACUGGUCGCAAUUUUCCGCUAAAGAAAAGCACCGGCAGCAUUUUUUUUCCCCACCGAUCCAUCAAGAUAGGGUCCUUCUCGGAGGAGCGGAUUGGGCAGCUGCCCGCUUAUUGACUCGUUCCUGGCGGCUAUUGUGAAAUUCUUUAGCCUGUCCUAUUGGCUUUCUUCCCGUAAUCCGCUUCUCCAUUUUCUGGCCACCGACCCAAACCACGCGGCUUGUUCUUGUGGAAUCCAUCUCAAGGGCGGAGGAAAGGUAGGAUCUUCGGCGCCGAUUCUUGGAGGAGCAACUCGUUCUUCGAGGAAAACCAGCGGGUUUUGGUGCUUCUUUAGGGUUGUGUUCUUGCGAAGUUGCUCUUAAGACUUCAGGCAUGGGGACUUGUCGGAGGAGAGUCCCGGCGGUGUGUUUCUUCUUCUGGUUUUUGAUGGGGUUUCAGCUGUGCGCGUCUCUCAAUCAUGAAGGUGCUGCUCUGCUGAAAUUUAAAGAGGUGGUCGAUGCGGACCCGUAUGGCGCUCUCAAGAGUUGGGAUGAAGGGAGUAUGAGCCCUUGUUCUUGGUUCGGUGUGGAGUGCUCUGAUGAUGGACUGGUCAUGACCCUGAACUUAGCAAAUCUUGGUCUAAAGGGUGUUUUACCUCCUGAGAUUGGAAAGCUUGUGCAUAUGAAAUCUCUCAUUCUUCACAACAACUCGUUCUAUGGUAUCAUACCUACAGAAAUAGGACAUCUACAGGAUAUAAAGAUGCUGGAUCUGGGAUAUAAUAAUUUCAGUGGAUCAAUUCCAUCAGAGUUGCAAAACAUUUUAUCCCUAGAAUUUCUAUUUCUUAAAGGCAACAGGCUUUCCGGGGGUUUACCGGUUGGAUUACAUGAGCUAACUAGGAUAUGUGAAUCUGAAAAUCAAGACAUAAAUUGGUUAAACAGGGUACUCACUGCAAGGUUUGCUACGAUCAGAGUCAGAAGACUGUUACUGAGCAAACGAAAAGAUUCCGAAAUGAUUCACAUUCCAGAGCAUCGAGUAAGGAUACCCCCCUUCCAGAGGGGGUUUCCACCGCUGAAUUCUCCACUGGCACCAUCUCCUCCUGAACCCAUUCCAACCCCUCCUGCAUCACCCCCCAUAGAGCAAACUAAAAGCAAAGAGAACAAGAGCAACAGUAGUUCAAAAAUAUAUGCAUCGAUUGGAGCAACUUUUGGGUUUUUGGUGGUAGCCUUGUCAGCUGUAUGCUUCUUUUACUACUGCCACAGGAAGACUAGCACUGUUGUACCCUUGUCUGCAACCACUUCAAGCAAGCAAUUACAAACCACUGCCAUGGAAGGGAUAACUAUAUUCAGACGGUCUGAGCUUGAAACAGCCUGUGAAGGUUUCAGCAACAUAAUUGGCACACUACCUGGAUUUACACUGUAUAAAGGAACUCUCCCCUGCGGAGCGGAAAUAGCUGUGGUGUCUACAAUGGUAGCUUAUGCGGGAGGUUGGUCUGCUAUAGCUGAAGCACAUUUCAUGAACAAGGUGGAAGCAUUAUCAAAGGUAAACCAUAAGAAUCUUAUGAACCUUGUGGGUUACUGUGAAGAUGAAACACCAUUUAUUCGGAUGAUGGUGUUCGAAUAUGUUUCAAAUGGAUCACUAUUCGAGCGCUUGCAUGUUAAAGAAGCCGAGCACUUGGAUUGGCAAUCGCGCCUACGGAUAGCUAUGGGAGUAGUGUACUGUCUGAGCUACAGGCACCAGCAGAACAUUCCUGUAACCCUAAGGAGUCUAAACAGUUCAUGCAUAUACUUGACUGAAGAUGAUGCCACAAAGGUUUCAGACAUCAGCUUUGGCGCUGGCAAGAAAGAAGAUGAAGAUGAAGAUGAAGAUGAUGCUCCUGAUGAGUACAGCACAGUGUAUAAGUUCGCUUUGCUACUACUUGAGACGAUCUCUGGAAGGCGUCCAUAUUCUGACGAUGAUGGCCUCCUUGUUCUAUGGUCACAGAGAUAUCUUAAUGGUGUUAGCCCCGUGAUGGGUAUGGUCGACCCAACGCUAAAUUCAGUCCCUGAGGAGCAUGUCAGGGCAUUCUCAGAGCUGAUUCGUUUAUGCAUAACCGAGGACCGAAGGCGGAGACCGACAAUGGCAGAGCUAACCAAGAGGAUGCAAGAAAUCACUGGGAUCACUCAAGAUCAGGCGAUUCCGAGGAAAAGUGCUCUGUGGUGGGCUGAACUUGAAAUCAUUUCGGCAUAGAGACAGUCAAUUGUGCUAACUUGCAGCAACUCUGCAAUUCUGACCAUUUGCUAGGAGAAAUAUAGAAGAUUGUACAGUUUAGUACUUUUAGGCAGGGCUUACAGUUGUACAGAUAUGCCUGAGUACGCCAUUCUUUCAUUCUUUUUUAUUUACCAAGCAUUCUUUCAUUCUUUGCUCUAUGAGGAGCAGAUAAAUCUUGGAAAACCUGUAAAGUUUAUACCAUUUCUUGUAUCAGUCAAA